GCCGGCUGCGCGCGUGGAUGUCUCCGGGCGGCGGCGGCGGGCCCAUGGGAGACUGCGAGUACAGCCAGAUCGGCACCCACAGCCCCUCCCCCAUGGAGGCGCCCCCCGCGGAGAAGAAGCGGGUCCGGGCGCGCAGGAAAUGGGAGGUCUUCCCGGGGAGGAACCAGUUCUUCUGCGACGGCCGCAUCAUGAUGGCCCAGCAGCGGGGCGUCUUCUACCUGACGCUCGUGCUCAUCCUGGUCACCAGCGGGCUCUUCUUCGCCUUCGACUGCCCGUACCUCGCCGUGAGAAUCACCCCUGCCGUCCCCGCGGCCGGCGCCGUCCUGUUCUUCUUUGUGAUGGGGACCCUGCUUCGCACCAGCUUCAGCGACCCCGGCGUCCUCCCCCGAGCCACACCCGACGAGGCCGCUGACCUGGAGAGGCAAAUAGAUAUCGCCAACGGCAGCAGUUCCGGGGGGUACCGCUCGCCUCCCAGAACCAAGGAAGUCAUCAUCAACGGCCAGACCGUGAAACUUAAGUACUGUUUCACCUGCAAGAUUUUCCGGCCGCCCCGUGCCUCCCAUUGCAGCCUGUGUGAUAACUGCGUAGAACGGUUUGAUCACCACUGUCCCUGGGUAGGCAACUGUGUGGGGAAAAGAAACUACAGAUUUUUUUAUAUGUUUAUUUUAUCUCUGUCUUUUCUGACAGUCUUUAUAUUUGCAUUCGUUAUCACCCACGUCAUUCUUCGUUCACAGCAGACGGGAUUCCUCAAUGCGAUCAAGGACAGCCCCGCCAGUGUGCUGGAGGCCGUGGUGUGCUUCUUCUCCGUCUGGUCCAUCGUCGGGCUGCUGGGCUUCCACACGUACCUCAUCAGCUCCAACCAGACCACCAACGAGGACAUUAAAGGGUCCUGGUCAAAUAAAAGAGGAAAAGAAAAUUACAACCCCUACAGCUACGGAAACAUCUUCACCAACUGCUGUGUGGCCCUAUGUGGGCCCGUCUCGCCAAGCCUCAUCGACAGAAGAGGGUAUGUCCAGCCCGACACGCCUCAGCCAGCUGCGCCCUCCAACGGGCUGGCCACGUACGGGGCCACCGCCUCGCAGAGCGACAUGUGCGACCAGGACCAGUGCAUUCAGAGCACCAAAUUCGUUUUGCAGGCCGCCGCCACGCCCCUGCUGCAGAGCGAGCCCAGCCUGGCCAGCGACGAGCUGCACCUGCCGGGGAAGCCGGGCCUGGGCACGCCCUGCGCCAGCCUGACGCUCGGGCAGCCCACGCCGCCCUCCUCCAUGCCCAACCUCGCCGCGGAGGCCGGGCUCACGGACAUCCUGCCCCUGAAGGAGGAGCACGUGGGCCACCAGUUCCUGACGCCCGAGGAGGCGCCCUCGCCGCCCCGGCUGCUGGCCGGCAGCCCCCUGGCGCACAGCCGCACGGCGCACGUGCUGGGCCUGGCCAGCCAGGACGCGCUGCACGAGGACUCGGUGCGCGGCCUGGUGAAGCUGAGCUCCGUGUGACCGGCCCGGCCGGCCUGCGGGCCGCGGGGGCCACACAGGGCUGCUCCCGCUCCACUUUCUCUGACUCAGGGCCGUGGCGGCCAGGCCUUCGGGCCCUGGGCACGGACCGGCCGCAGAGCGCCUGGACCCCUCUCCCGGCUCAGGCAGCUGGGCCGGGUGCUGCCAGCGUGGUGCAGUGGGCAUCUGCUCCCAGCCGGACCGCUUUGAUGGCAGAGGAAACGGGGCCGUUGCUUUUGUCAGGCCUUUGGAAUAGGAAGGGGUGGGCGUGGGGGCGGGGAACCUGGGGUCUGUGGUCAGAGGCUCAGGGGACAGGACAUGCCCGGGUGUCCGUCACACCGUCUGCUGCCGCUCCCGGGACGGACACACGGAAGGCUUGGGAGCCUGGUGACCGGACUGGAAUUGCACUUGGUUAUGCUACUAAUCUUUGACAUAGACAUGCCGUUCCAUUUGUUAGGUUCUUUUAAAAAAAAAAAAAUGUCCAAAGGACGAAACAUGACCAGAUGUGAGCCUGCAUGCCACGCGCGUCCCUUCACGGUGGGGACGGUCUGCAAACGGAAGCUGCCUUCUUCCUUUCGUGUUGUGAAUUUUCAAGCGCUGCUUUAGGGGAAGAUGGUGGGAGAGAAACCAAGACUAACGGACAGUGCCAUCCGCCGCCGGCUUCUUCAGCUUGUUGUACCCGGGUAGGUGGUGCCUGGGCCGCAGAGGACUGCGGGGGGCAUCGGUGACCCUUCUGUUCAGUGGUUACCGAGGCGUUGUGUUGUUCCACGCCCUCCACACCUCCGUGUGACCAGACUCCUGUGGACAGCCAAUAAAUGACGCCCUCUCUUGUUUUGGA